CAAUGCGUUUUCGUUCAUUCACUUUACAUGCUUUCAACUUCAACUCUCUUGUAAUUUUUGAAUUGGAACAGUGUCACAUGUAUAAAUACUAAAUACAAAGGCCAUAUUAUAUUUUAACUGUUUAACUUUUAUUACAAAUAGUUGAAAGAGUAGUUUUCGUAGUUGUUUGAUCUUCUAUUCUAACCUUAAAAAUUAAAAAGUGACAAAACUGUGUUCGGCUAAACAAACGUUUUGAAGAAAUAUUACAAUAAUUCGUAUCGAAAAGGGAUUAUAGUGUUAUAAAACCUGGCUAAAAAUGGCUUUAAAUAUUCUAACGAAACUACUAAGAAGGAGGUGUUUACGUAAAUUGUUAUCAGAAGGGUCACAAUUUUCUAGUGAGCUAACUUCAGUAAACUUACUGAAGACUGCCUGCAUACCUUAUUCCACUGUAAAUCAUGAACAUAUAUUACGGCAAUAUAGGAUAAAAACACUAUUCAACCAUCAGUAUUAUUCUACUAAACCGGCUCACCAAAAUGAAAUUGAUGAUUACCGCAAUGAACACAAUAUCACAGUUAUUGGGGAAGACAUACCCAAUCCAUAUAUGGAGAUAGAAAAAAGUGGCUUCCCUGAAUACAUUAAAUCAUUCCUGAAAGAACAGGGCUUCUCGAAACCUACAGUCAUACAGUCACAAGGAUGGCCUAUUGCUAUGAGUGGGCAAAACUUUGUUGGGAUAGCACAAACUGGUACUGGCAAAACCUUAGCUUAUUUGUUACCAGCUGUAGUUCAUAUCAAAGAGAAAAAGGCAAAGAAAGGAUUGGGACCCAUUGUUCUAGUUCUUGCACCAACUAGAGAACUUGCUCGACAGAUUGAGGAGGUGGCAAAGGAUUUUGAAAAAUCUCUGAACAUCCGAAGUGUCUGUGUAUAUGGAGGGGCAAGCCGUUCAGUGCAAGCUGAGAAACUAAGCAAAGGAGUGGACAUUCUUAUAGCUACUCCAGGCAGGCUGAAUGACUUCAUUGUGAGCAAAACUAUAUCACUAAGUCGUUCCACAUAUGUGGUACUAGAUGAAGCAGACAGGAUGUUAGACAUGGGUUUUGAACCCCAAAUUCGACAAGCUCUAGAAGGUGUGCCACUAGAAAGGCAAAUUUUGAUGUUUUCUGCAACAUGGCCUAAAGAAGUCAGACACUUAGCUAAGGACUAUCUCGGGGAGUUUGUACAAGUUAAUGUGGGAUCAACUGAACUGUCCGCAAACCAUAACAUUAAACAGCAUGUCCAUAUUUGUGAUGCAGAGGACAAGAUGAACUUGUUUAAGUCUCUAAUACAUGAAAUAUCAGGUGAUGGAUUUGGUAAAAUGUUAAUUUUCUCUAACACAAAGAAGUUUGUGGAUACUUUGGCACUGACCCUGAGAAGGAAUGGUUGGCCAGCAGAUGGCAUUCAUGGAGAUAAAACACAAUUACAAAGAGACAAGAUUAUCAAUAAGUUUAAAUCUGGAGGCACUAAUAUUUUAGUUGCUACCGAUGUUGCUGCUCGAGGUCUUGAUGUGGAUGGUGUGACACAUGUCAUCAACUAUGAUUUCCCGAAUACUUCUGAAGACUACAUCCACAGGAUUGGGCGCACCGGUCGUCAGGCCAACAAAGGAGUCUCACAUACCAUACUCACUGAUGAUGAUGCAAGACAAGCUAAAAGCCUUAUUGAUGUUCUCAAGGAAGCUAACCAGCAAGUACCACAAGAAUUAGAAGACCUGGCUCGUUCCCAUGACAUUACGAAAGAAAAAGAAAGGCAAUCAAAAUGGAACCCCAGACAGAACAACUACAAUAAAUACAGUACAAACAACUACAAUAAAUACAAUUCAAACAACUACAACAAAUACAAUACAAAUAAAAAAUUCAAUAGAUUUAAAAGCUUCAAGAGUAGUAGAUAUGAUGAUUACUAAUUGUAAUCGUAAUAUGUGAUGUACCUUACCUAGGCCAUUUAGUUUAUUAUGUAUUCUCAAUGAGUUAUGAUGUAGUGCAAUAUAUGUUUUAAUUGCA